CUGUGUGACUCAUUUAUUGUGACAAAAGAAGUAAUCUCUGGAACUUUAGAACUACAAAGAUAAGGACAGCUUCCUAAAGACACGUGUUCCAGACGCUGUUAAUCAGACAUAGCUUUAUAUUUAAUAUAUUAAACCAUUCGUCAGGAUGAACGAAGCAGAAAACCCACCCAGAUGUCAGUGGUGCUUGAGAUGUUUUAGAGGUUUUUUACCUGAGCACUUCACAAGAGAAAUUGUAAAGUUGUGGUCUCUAGCUCUGCCUGUGUUUUUGUCCUAUCUUUUCGACUAUUUAAUAAUAUUUGUAAGCACCGUGUUCUGUGGGCAUCUGGGAAAGGUAGAGCUCGAUGGCGUGACUCUUGCCACAGCUGCCAUCAGUGUUAUGGGUAUUGGUAUUGGUUAUGGCCUGUCCUCAGCAUGUGACACACUUAUUUCACAGGCUUUUGGAGCUGGCAACUUGCAUCUAGUUGGUGUUAUAACUCAGAAAGCAAUUUUAAUUCUGCUGCUCGCAUGUUUGCCAUGCUGUGCUUUUCUUAUCAAUACAGAAUCAAUUUUACUGCUCGUAGGGCAAAGCCCAGAGGUUGCCAGAGUAUCUCAGCUGUAUGUGAACAUUUUUUUGCCCAGUCUUCCGGCUGCUUUUGUGUUCAUUAUUGAAGCAAAAUAUCUACAGAAUCAGGGAGUUAUUUGGCCUCUGGUCAUUACCGGAGUAGUGGCAAAUCUCCUAAAUGCUUUAAUCAACUAUAUCUUCCUCUUUGUCCUGGACAUGGGUGUUCCUGGAUCGGCAGCUGCUAAUACGAUCUCACAGUACAGCUUGGCAAUCAUAUUGUUUAUCUACAUCCGAUGCAUGGGUCUUUAUAAGGACACUUGGCCUGGUUGGUCGAUGGACUGUUUGCAGGAGUGGGGCUCAUUCAUCCGUCUGGCCGUUCCAAGCAUGCUCAUGAUGUGUGCAGAGUGGUGGACUUAUGAGAUCGGAGGACUGCUGUCAGGUCUGAUAAGCGAGGUGGAGCUCGGAGCUCAGUCAGUCGUGUAUGGACUGGCAAAUAUUGCAUAUAUGUUCCCUAUAGGGUUCAGUGUGGCUGGCAAUGUGAGGGUGGGCAAUGCCAUGGGUGCAGGAGAUGUUGCUCAAGCCAAACUCUCAGCCAAACUCUCUAUAUUGUGUGCAGUCUCUGUUUCAGUGGUUUUGGCAACUGUCAUUGGAUCUUCAAGGAAUGUAAUUGCUUAUAUUUUCACAAAUGACAAAGACAUCACAAUGAGGGUUGCCACGGUAAUGGUUUUAUUCGCUCCUUUCCAUCUUCUUGAUGCCACAGCGGCAGCAGGUGGCAGUAUAGUGAAAGGUCUGGGCAAGCAGAAGAUUGGGGCAGUCUGCAACCUUGUUGGAUAUUAUGCUGUUGGCUUUCCUAUUGGAAUAUCCCUAAUGUUUGCUGCGAAAUGGGGAAUUUUUGGUCUGUGGACUGGCCUGUUAAUUUCCGUCUUCCUUCAGUCAGUGUUCCUCAUUACCCUUCUUUUGAAAACGAACUGGAAGAAAGCCUCUGAAGAGGCCCAGAUCAGGGCUGGUGUACGGAUGAGAGGGACAGAUGAUGGUGAGGACGGUGGACAUAUUGAGGGGUGUGAUGCGAAUACUGCCACGAAUAUGGAUGGGUUAGUAAAUGAGGAGACCGAAGAACUUGUUGCUACGGUGAGGGUGCAGCUUCCACUGAGUGUGCUGGUGCUGCGUCGCGGCCUGGCUCUGGCAGCUAUGCUAGUGCUCCUAGCAGCUGGACUCUCAGUUAAGUUCUUUCUAAAGAAAUGAUGUUUUAACAGCUGAAAGACUGAGGUACUGAGGUUAAAACUUCACAUACACAUUCCGGGGAAAUCAGAGACUUAUUUUACAUCUUGUGAAAAGGGUCAUAAUAGGUCCCCCUUAAGAGUGUCUUAUGUUAGACAGUGCAUUGUGUUAGGCUGCAGCCCAAAAGCAACCAGUGCAACAUGUCUAUUAAGUUCACUUUGUGCUGUAUCUGCAAGGCAGACGAGGCCCGUCAGGCACAAAGCAGGGCAGCUUUCUGGGAUUUCGAGGCAUAAAUAUCAAGGCACUUUGUUUUGUUUACAUAUACAUUGGGUAUGUCAUUUUGUACGAAUGCAUUAAUAUAUCUAUUUAUAUAAAUAUAUUUAUUAAUAUGUCAUUACCUCUGUUAAACAAAAACAACCUGUACAAUCCCAAGUCCGGCAUAUAAGGCUAUACUCUCAUUCCCACAUGCUCUCACAUCUUUAUCAUGAAGUUGUAUUUAAAAAAUGCAAAUGAAUUGCACACCGUCAAAUUAAAAGUCAGUAUCAAUAUU